AUGGCGGGUUCAGACGACCUGAUCAACUUCGACGUGAUUGAGAGCCAGAAGGAGAACAUCCAGUCGCUGCCAGGCGGACGGUCAGCGAAGAAGUUGGCAGCGUUGUACUCGCCGACAGCAGGGGGUCUGGCGGGGGUGAGCAGCAGCGGCAGUGCGAGCAGCAGUGGGAGCCGACGGAGCGAGCGGCUGAAGGCACAGCUGACGCCGACGCCAAGUCCGGGGACAACGCGAACGCUGCACGAAGCGAUCCGGGCCAAGUUUGAGGAGGAGGUAGCGAGCCUUUCGGAGGCGGACGACCCGCUGGAUGUGUAUGACCGGUAUGUGCGCUGGACGCUGGAGGCGUAUCCAACAGCGCAGGCGACGGCCGAGUCGCAGCUGCAUGUGCUGCUAGAGCGAGCGACGCGGGCGUUUGUGGGCGCCGCGCAGUAUCGCAACGACCCGCGAUAUCUGCGGCUGUGGCUGCACUACAUCCGUCUCUUCUCGGACGCACCGCGCGAGGCGUUUGUCUAUCUGGCCCGCCACGGCAUCGGCGAGAAUCUCGCGCUGUUCUACGAGGAGUAUGCCGCCUGGCUCGAGACGGCCGGUCGCUGGAUCCAGGCCGACGAGGUCUUGCGGCUGGGUAUCGACCGUGCUGCCCGUCCCGAGGCACGUCUGCUGCGCAAGUACGCCGAGUUCGAGCAGCGACGCACUGCCGCCAACGAGGACGACCCCGACACCCCCGGCUCGCCCGCCCUGCCGACUGGCUGGCAGAGCAUCGGAUCGCUGGCGGAACGGAAAAAGGAAAACACGGUGGCGGCCAAGCCGUGGGCCGGCGAGAAGAUGAGUGCCGGUGGCAAAAAGGUCACCUCCAAGAUGCCCAUCUUCAAGGACGCGGUUACGGUAAAUCCCCAGAGCGGGAAGAAGGAACGCGUCUUUGUCGACCUCCGCGCCGUGUACCCAACGCCAGAAGUGCCUGGCUCCGAGCUGAGCUUCGAGGAGAUUUGGGCGGCCAAUCGCGGCCUGUUGCACCGUCUGUGGGAUGCGCCUCCGGCCGGCCCGUCUGCCGUCGAUCUCCUGGCCGACGUCGCGCCCGCAAAGCUCGUCAUUCACCGUGAUGCAGUAGUACUCGACGAGAACGGCGCCCCAGUCAAGACUCAGGACCGGGAGAACCGCCCGAGGAAGAAGAAGGCGACGGAGAUGAACGAGACCCAGAUCAUCAAAGCAAAGCUCGACUCGCCGUCGGGUCGCAAGAUGAAGAAGCGCGGCUCUAUUUCUGAGCCGACCAUGACGAUGCAUACCCGGGCGGCCACCGACGACAUAUACGACAUCUUCAACCAGCCUCUCCGACCGGCCAUGGGGAUCGAGGAAUCCGACACAAAUGAAACAUCGGACGAGGAUUAUGAGUCCGAUGCUGAUUACACGAGCGGUGCCGAAAGCACAGGAACGACACGACAAGUUUCGACGAGCGACGCUGGCGACGAUGAAGUAGCAGAUGAGGUGGACGAUGGCGUCGAUGGCGUCGAGGGCGAGAAAGAGGCGGACGAUGCAAAGAGCGUCAGCGAGUGGUCUGACUUCACAGCCCGGAAAGACAUUCCGGAUCUCGACGAGGAGGACGAUCUGGGCCGAGAUCCUGUCGCAGAUGAAAACGACGAAAACGACGAUGCCGAUGAGUCGCUCAGUCCCUUGCCGGUACGCAGACGGUCACAGACGGCCAGCAGCGGCGAUGCACCGUCGAUUCCAUCGUCACCGCUAAUGUCUCCUGUAAAGGACUCUGGGCCCUCUCCACCCAAGACGCGGACGGUCUUCAUCCCCAUUCCGCCCGAAGACUAUGUUGCACCCACACGGCCGUAUAGGGAUCCGGUCGAGGUGGCCAACAACCGUCUGCCCUUUAUGACUCCCAUCACAGAACGGACGGAAUCGUCGCUGGCGUUUGACUCGGACGACAACAGGCGUGCGCUGCUUACUAAGACGCCGAGCAAGGCGUUUGGCAUGGCCACGAGGCUUCCGAGCACGGACGAAGAUGACGAGGACGAGGAAGAAGAGGAAGAAGAGGAGUACCGCGGGGGUAGCAGCGUCGGCAUGGCGUCGGAAGCCAUGAGCAGUCCGUUGAUCAACGUGACGGACGACGACAACCUCAUACAACUGUCGCCAGCGAAACUCCCAGCACCACUGUUUCAGCGGCCUGCAGGCCCCAACAAGGGACCCAUCAUCAAAGACCUGCAGUGCAACCCGAUCGACGAGAGCAUCCGGUCCGAGAUCUUGGCCCAGAUGCACCCACCUCUCAGCUCCUAUGCCGGCUUCUAUGACCAUAGCGAAGAAAAGUACGAAAAGGGUGGCGACAUCCGACGUUAUGCCAAGGCCGUGAGCAAGUCCAAGGCCGGCAACGGCAGCAGUGGUAGCUCUGACCGCACUAGUGGUGCUGGGCUGCCAGUGAUGAUCAUGUUCCCAGACUGCCCGUCGCAAUACACAUUACGGCGAGAGCUGGGCGCCGGUGCAUUUGCGCCUGUGUAUCUGGUGGAAAACAUGCAUCCGGAUGGCGAUGAGCAGGCCGGAGCGAUAUCGCAGAUGGGACGAGACGUCUUUGGCAACAGCCAGGUACAACGACACAGCCUCGAGGCACUCAAAAUGGAGACACCACCAACAGUGUGGGAGUUCCACAUGAUGCGGCUGGCACGCACACGACUAGGACCACAGCACCGGGUGACGGCGUCGCUGGCUCCUGGUCUCGAGUGCCACCUGUACCGCGACGAGACAUUUCUGUUCUUGCCGUAUUAUCCUCACGGCACACUGCUGGACGUGGUGAACCUGUUCCGGGCAGAGCCAACCGGGGUGAUGGAUGAGACGCUGGCCAUGUUUUUUGCGAUUGAGCUGUUCCGCACGGUGGAGGGACUGCACAGCCACGGGUUACUGCACGGUGAUAUCAAGGCCGACAACUGUCUGCUGCGGCUGGACGAGUCUGAGCAGCACCAGCACCAGCACGCGUCGCUGUCGGGGCAGUGGCACGCGGACGGUACCGAGGGCUGGGGCUCGCGUGGCGUGACGCUGAUCGAUUUCGGACGGGCCAUUGACAUGCGGUCAUUUGCGGCGGACGUACGCUUUGUGGCAGACUGGAAAACGACAGCACAAGACUGUGCAGAGAUGCGAGAAGGUCGGCCGUGGACGUGGCAUAUCGACUACCACGGCCUAGCCGGGACGCUGCACACGCUGCUCUUCGGCAAGUACAUGGAGACGGUGCGGUGUGACCAGGGCACGGGGGCGACGGUGAGGCGGUACCGCAUCCGUGAGUCGCUCAAGCGGUACUGGCAGACAGACCUGUGGUCGGAGGCGUUUGACGUGCUGCUGAACCCGGCAGGUCACGUGAUGGACGAGGAGGGUGCGCGACUGCCGGUGCUGCGGUCGAUGCGGGGCGUGCGCGAUCGGAUGGAGACGUGGCUAGCGGCGAACUGCGAGCGUGGCGUUGGACUGAAGAGUCUGAUGGUGAAGGUGGAGGGAUGGGCUCGCGGAAGGAAAUAG